UCAGCAGUGUGUAGGUGUGGUUUGCUGCAGGAGGUCUGUAUUUAAGGAGGUGUUGCUGCAGACUGACUUCACUUCUUCAGCUCAGCAGCAGACCAGCUCCUCCCUCCAUAACCAGCCAUGGCCAGCAAACGUGAAUCAAACACAUACAAUAACGAGGUUAUCCGGAUUGUGAUGGUGGGGAAGACCGGAGCUGGGAAGAGCGCCACAGGAAACACCAUUCUGGGAAAACAGUUCUUUGAGUCAGAGUUCUCUUUCAGAUCCUUGACUGUAGACUGUGCUAAGGCUGUUGGUAAAAUGGAGGGACAAACAGUUGCUGUUAUUGACACUCCAGGUCUGUAUGACACCAAAUUUGAUGAAGAGAAGACCAGGUACGAUGUUGGUCAGAGCGUUUCGUAUGCUUCUCCUGGACCCCAUGUCUUCCUGAUCGUCAUCAGACUGGGCAGAUUCACAGAGGAAGAAAAGCAGACUGUGCAGAAGAUUGAGGAAAUCUUUGGAGAGAAAGCAGACAGAUACAGCAUGGUUCUCUUUACCUACGGUGACCUGCUCAAAGGGAGACCUAUCGAAGAGUUCUUGGAGCAGAGCGAAGAUCUGCAGGAACUUGUAGGUAAAUGUCACGGCCAGUACCACGUCUUCAAUAAUGAGGUGAAGGAUCGUUCUCAGGUCAGAGAGCUGCUCAACAAGAUCAGAGAUAUAACAGAGAAGAACGGAGGAAGCCAUUACACAAAUGAAAUGUUCCAGGAGGCAGAGAGGGCCAUAGAGGAGGAAAAACAGAGAAUCCUAAAAGAGAAAGAAGAAGAAAUACGCAAACGGGAAGAGGAACUUGAAAAGAGAAUAGCUAAAAAAUAUGAAGAAGAAUUAAAAAAAGCCAAAGAUGACCAUGAGAGGAUGAAGAAACUAAAUGAAGAUCACCAAAGAGAAAUGGAGGAGGAGAAGAGGAGGAUAAGAGAGGAGGAGGGCAGGAAGGCCAGACAGGAAGCUGAGAGAAGAAAAAAAAAAUGUACAAAAUCAAACACAUACAAUAAUAAGGAAAUCCGGAUUGUGAUGGUGGGGAAGACCGGAGUUGGGAAGAGCGCCACAGGAAACACCAUUCUGGGAAAACAGUCCUUUAAAUCAGAGUUCUCUUUUACAUCCAUGACGGUGCACUGUGCUAAGGCCUUUGGUGAAGUUGAGGGACAAAGAAUUGCUGUUGUUGACACUCCAGGUCUGUUUGACACCAAGAUUGAUGAGGAGAAGACCAGGAAGAACGUUGGUAAGAGCAUUUCUUAUGCUGCUCCUGGACCCCAUAUCUUCCUGGUUGUCAUCAGACUGGGCAGAUUCACAGAGGAGGAAAAGCAGACAGUGAAGAAGAUUCAGGAAAUCUUUGGAGAGGAAGCAGACAGAUACAGCAUGGUUCUCUUUACCCACGGUGACCUGCUCAAAGGGAGACCUAUCGAAAAGUUCUUGGAGGAAAGCAAAGAGCUGCAGGAACUUGUGGACAGAUGUUACGGCCAGUACCACGUCUUCAAUAAUGACUUGGAGGAUCGUUCUCAGGUCAGAGAGCUGCUCAACAAGAUCAGAGAUAUAACAGAGAAGAACGGAGGAAGCCAUUACACCACUGAAAUGUUCCAGGAGGCCGAGAGGGCCAUAGAGGAGGCAAAACAGAGAAUACUAAAAGAGAGAGAAGAGGAAAUGCGCAAACAGGAAGAGGAACUUGAAAAGAGAAUAACCAAAAAGUAUGAGCAACAAAUGAAGGAAUUGGAAGAUGACAGAGAGAAUUUGAAUAGGCUAAUUGAAACUCGUAAAAGAGAAAUGGAGGAGGAAAGGAGGAGAUUUAGAGAAGAGCAGGAAAAGCGGGCCAGACGGGAAGCUGAGGACAGUGGCUCAGUACUUGACAUUUUAUUUGGCAUUUUUAAAGUAGUGCUAUCUUUUUUCACAAAAUAACAACUUAGCUGUUUUACAUGAGACAGUCAGACCUUCUGAUGCUAAACGACAGCAGAUUUACCAAACCUACGACUGUCUGACUCCUUGUUAAUAUUCACAGUUCCCUUUUUUGAUUUUGUUGUGUGCUGUGAACUGAACCAAAAGCACCAACAAUGGGCAUAACAUACUAAACAAUCCAAUAUGAAACAAAAAAUAUGCAAAAAAAAAAAGGAAACAAAACAAAUAAGAAAAAUAAUGCAUUUAAUGAAAAUGUGCUUUUAAAAUGUUCUGUGUUCUUAGGAUAAGCAGCUCUAUCGUGUCACAAUAACUGAAGGAGUACUGCCCAUGUCUGCUUUUGCUGAAUGGAAGGUUUGUUUGAAUUGUCUCUAUAAGUUUAAAUAGUUAGGAAUAAGUUGCUGGAGUAGGUUGGUAAAAACAAGACAAGGACACAUUCUGCAUUAUGUAUGAAGACACACGUUUGAUGAUCAUUCAUGUCAUAUAAUAAAAGAAUAUCAGUUCACAUUGAAA